AUGCUCUGUAGGCUUUCUCUGAUUCGUUCAUAUUUUCUUUCUUUCUUUCUUUCUUUCUUUCUUUCUUUCUUUCUUUCUUUCUUUCUUUCUUAUGAAAUUUUAUUUGUUUUAUGUCUUUCUUUCUGUAAAUACACAUCAUAUUUAAAGUCACUUCCAAUCCACAAAACUGCGGCGAUGUAUCUAUCUUUACUCACUAUAUUUGAUUUCUUCUUCUUCUUCUUCUUCUUCUUCUUCUUCUUCUUCUUCUUCUUCUUCUUCUUCUUCUUCUUCACUUGCGUUUACUUUCGUCACCUAUUUUUCUUCUGUGCUAUUCUGCGAUUACUCGUCAGGUAUUUGUCAUUCUGUUCAUCCGUCAGCCAUUUUUAUCUUCAACUCACCCUUAACCUUCUUCCACUUCCUCUGCCCCUUUCCUCUUCUCUUUUUAUCUCCUUCUCAGCCUCACUUUCAUUUCCCGUCAAUGUGACGGACGCCGACGGCGGCCAUCUUGCUCUCAUUUCACAUUCACUCUUUCCUUAUUUCUCAUUCGAUUCCAGCUCUAAUAUCCCUCCCUCUUGUACUUUGUUGUUUUUUCUCUUUUUCCUGUUCUCGUUUAUUCUUUCGCCAUCACAUUUUUCUCAUUUUAACGCUUAA